CAGCACACUAUGCUGUGUUCCCAUACCCGUACAAAUACAAAAUAAAUCCUCUUCAACGCACCGCUGAAUUGCAGAAGCUAAUAAUCUCGCAAUGUUACGCAGGUCACUUAUACAGCUCGCAUCCCGUAGUUCAUUCAAUAGGCUUCCAUUGCAAGCUACAACUCAGAUACCUUCAUACCUUUCUUCCAGAAGGGAAUUUUCUGUUUCUCCGAAGAAUGGACCAAAGAAGGUAGAUCCAGGAAGCAACACCCCUGAACCUCAGAGCUGUGUACCAAAGAUUCUCAUUGGAGGUCUUGCGUUGGGUUCUGCCCUCCUGGCAGCGUACUAUUAUGGUGCUCUUGAUGAGUACAUUUGGAAACAAAAAAAAAGCAUCAGGGAAUACACCGACUCUGGGAUUGGUGAUAAGGCUACGGAGGCGUUUCCAGGACAAAAAGACACAUACAAUCCAGCUAGUGGAAUGAUUACUGUGAUUCCUGAGAACAGCUCAAGGCAAUCAGGUGAAUCAAGUCCCCUUGUGGACCAUGGCAAACAAGAUGCUGAAACACAUGCAGAGCCACAUGUUCCAGGAGACUUGAUGAGAACUGAAGAAGAGAAAAGUUUUCAAGAAAAACUUGCUGCAGUUGAGACACUAUUGAAUGUCGAUCAUGUUGAAAGUAGCGAUAUUCCUAAUGUUCCUCAAAGCAGCUCAUUGACAGGUGAUGAAACUGGUAAACCGGCUGAAGAAAGUGUUGAUCUGAAGGGCCUAGGGUUGGGAGCUGAUGAGCCAGAGCACAAGGAAACCGAGACCACAACCACUUUUACUUCAGCUGAUAAUACUUCUGCAGACUCUGUAGUUACAUCUGUACAAAGCGAGCCAACCACAACUGAUGACAUACAAGGGGUUUUCCAGGAUGGUAUAGCACAAAAAUCUGAUUCACUCCUCGACGAUUAUCUAUUAAAAGACAAAUCUGAAGAACUUGGUUCAUCUUCAUCAAAAAAUCAUGAGGGCACUAGUUCCACAGUAGAAGAUGCCCAUGGUGGUUACAUAACAAAUGAUGGGAACCUGAUUAUUGACUUCUUGCAAGCCAUACAUGCUGCUGAACAAAGGCAAGCAGAGAUGGACGCUCGUUCUUUUGCCGAAGAAAAGAGAGCAAUGAAGGAGAAAUAUGAAAAGGAACUUAAGGACGCACGAGUCAGGGAACUCAUGUAUGCUGAGAGGGAAGCCAUUUUGGAUAAGGAAUUAACAAAAGAACGGGUUAAAGCAGCUGCCGCACUCAAAUCUCUUCAAGAAACAUUAGAAGAGCAGCUCAAAACCGAACUUGAGCAGAAGGAAAUGGAAGUGGAACAAAGACUGGAGGAAAUGCAAGAUAUAGCUAAAGCUGAACUGGCUGCUGCAAUUUCAAGUGAGAAGGCUUCCCAGAUUGAGAAAAUGGCUGAAGCCAACCUUCAUAUAAAUGCGUUGUGCAUGGCAUUUUAUGCGCGCUCUGAAGAAGCUCGCCAGAGUCACUCUGUGCACAAGCUUGCUCUGGGUGCACUGGCACUGGAGGAUGCACUAUCCAAAGGGUUGCCAAUUAAAAAGGAAAUAGAGACUGUCCGCGAUCAUCUUGAAGGCAUUGACAAAGACUCACUUAUACCUCUAGUUCUAUCGUCACUUCCCGAAGACACUCAAAAAUAUGGAACAGAUACCCUGUCCCAAUUGAAUCACAAGUUUGAUGCCAUGAAGGGGACACUGAGGCACUUCAGUUUAAUCCCACCUGGUGGCGGAGGGAUAUUGUCACACUCAUUGGCUCAAGUUGCUUCGUGGUUAAAGGUUAAGGAGACUGAUCAGUUGGGCGAAGGAGUUGAAUCUGUCAUAACCAGAGUCGAGAUUUUGUUAGCUCAAGGCAAACUAUGCGAAGCUGCAGACACUCUUGAGAAUGGGGUUAGAGGCAGCCAGGCAGCAGAAGUCGUAACAGAUUGGGUCAGGCGAGCUAGGGACAGAGCCAUCACAGAGCAAGCUUUGACGGUCUUGCAGUCCUACGCCACUUCAAUCAGCCUAACCUGAACCCACUGUACAACAUAUCAAUGUUCGGUUUUCUGAAGCCACAAAGGUUCGUCUCCAGCCUAUAAAGUAACUCAAAACCAAAUGCAGAGGUUUCUUUCCCUUUAUACUGUUGUACGGCUCCAUGAAAAAUAAAGUCCUAAAUUUAUUUCCAGAGACUACAGUAUGUGAGAACUGGAGCUUACCUGUGACUUCUGAUGUAGAAUAUUUUUGCGAAAGGUGACUUCGUUAUGUGUA